AUGAGUGCGUCGACGUUUCCGGACGCUUCCCUUGCCCGCGAUUCUCAGAGCUCUGACUUUGACCUGAUCGUUCGCCAGCAGCCCAACCGGGCGCGCGUGGCUGGUGGGAAGGAGAAAGAACGCAAGCCAGUAGAUCCACCCCCGAUUGUGCAAAUCCGAGUAAGAGAGGAGGGGACGUACCUCGCGCAGCACUACUUGCAGAGUCCGUAUUAUUUUAUGUGCUGCAGCUUGUAUGAUGCCUCAGAGGACAACCCAGUUCCCGUGGCCCCGUCCACCGCUUUAACUGGUACCUUGGUUUCGUCCCUUCACCGGUUGAAAGACGUGGAUAACAGUGAUGGAGGUUUCUUCGUGUGGGGGGACUUGUCGGUGAAAAUCGAGGGAGAUUUUCGACUCAAGUUUACUCUCUUCGAAAUGCGGAAGGACAUUGUUACCCAUUUAAAGUCCAUCAUCACAGAGAGAUUCACCGUGUACCCACCGAAGAGUUUUCCCGGAAUGGCCGAGUCGACGUUUUUGUCCAGAUCGUUCGCGGACCAAGGCGUGAAGUUGAGAAUCCGAAAGGAGCCCCGGACAUUAAUUAAACGACCUGUUCCCCGGCCGGAGGAUUAUCCACAGCCGAUUCCGCGCUCCCCCGAUCGUUCUUCGAUCCAAAUGCCAAGCAAUGCGUUUAGCGGUUAUCCGCCAACGAGCAGAGACUACGGGUACUACGGGCAAGCGCAUACAAGCAAGCGGCCGCGGAUGUCUUCAAUAGACCUUGGUACUCGAGGCAUGUAUGACAACGAGGGGCGUAUGCGUCAAAUUGAUGCAUACCCCCAGACGGCCCUUUACAACACGCCAGGAGGCUAUCCGACUCCCAUAAUGCAGGGGUAUCCCACAGGGCACACGGCAGUUCCAGACUAUGCGAUGCCUUACGGAAUCCCGUCCUCCACGCAGGUACCCCAGAUGCAAGACCCUGGGGCACACGGCCGAUCCAGCCAACAGGCCACGAUGCAGUCCUUGGGAAUGGUCAACGCGCCUGGUACUCCUACAGCGGACUCGACGGGGCCAAUGAUGCCACAAGGCUACGCUCGUUCGCAAUACCAGACUGGGACUGGGUCCACAAUCCUUCCUCCUUUGCAGCGGAAUCGAAACUGUACACAAGGAACCAACGGCGCGGCGGCACGAGGCUACUUUGACCAGUCCCCUCAAGCGGCUACUCCAAUUCUUCCAUCACAGCCCAUUGCCACCAAUGACACGGAUAGAUACGCUUCUACUCCUGGUCAGGCGGUGUUUGAGCAUCCGAUUUCAGCGAAUGGAACCCCUCGAUAA